GUGAUUUUUUUUAUUGUUUUGACUGUUAACAAAAUUUAUACAUUCAAUCUCUUGUAGCUGAACUGUUCCCAGUUCCCUACACAUGAGUAUUGCAAUGAGGAUUCUGAGUUUAUCUGUGGUACAGACGGACGGGAUUACGGAAAUGCUUGCAUCCUUUGUGAAUACAAUAGACCAGCUAGGAGCAGCUAUUGAGUUAAAAUGUGAUGAUUAUCCAAAACUCCCAGACUGCCCAUCACGCUACGUUCCCCUCUGUGGGACAAAUGGAAAGGAUUAUUUAAACCCCUGCUAUUUGUGUCGUCAUAACAAGAAAACCAGAGAGGAUGUUGCAAUCUUACACGAAGGAUUUUGUACUUGCCAAGACAUGAAAAUCAAUUAAACUGGAAUUCCAACUCAAACAGGAAGACCAUAUUAAUGAAUGGGUCUGUGUAUUGGAUUGGAGUACCAUUGAAAAAACAGACCAUC